CCUCUUCUCCAUGUAGUUGAAGGCGACAUCUUGGAACCGGGCAUUACUUGGGGCGUUUGCGUUAACUCCGUUUUGGAAUUCCCGAGAUACGAACCGUAGCUUUUUCCUCCUCCUUUCUAGUGUUAUGUAACAAACUGGAGAGGGUGGGGAUAUGCCUUUAGGUUUACUGCGUUUGCACAGAGGAAUCCUUCCUGUCGCUUCGUGCUGGAAGGAUUGGGAACAUUUAUGUGCAAUGAACUAUUUGCUGCCUUUUUCUGUUUUGCUAAUGGGACUGUUGCCAACGAGAACUAUGGCUUGGACCUCAACUGGGAAGACGCAUGCUGAACUGAUCAACAAUCUGUAUAAAAAUGGUGUGAUUAAAUCUCAAAAUGUUUAUGAUGCGAUGCUGGCUACCGAUAGAGCCCACUAUACCAAUUAUUAUCCAUAUAUGGAUUCUCCUCAAUCAAUUGGAUACAAGGCUACCAUCAGUGCACCUCACAUGCAUGCUCACGCCCUUGAGUUACUGAAGGACCAGCUAGUGGAAGGAGCGAAGGCAUUAGAUGUAGGAUCAGGAAGUGGCUAUCUCACUGCUUGUUUUGCUAGGAUGGUGGGGUCCACAGGCAAGGCAAUAGGUAUUGAGCACAUAGAAGAAUUGGUUCAUGAAUCCCUUGGGAAUGUCAGAAAAGAUGAUCCAAACUUGCUUAGUUCUGGACGAGUGAAACUUUUAGUUGGGGAUGGUAGGAAUGGAUAUCCUGAAGAAGCCCCAUAUGAUGCCAUCCAUGUUGGAGCAGCUGCACCCACUGUGCCAAUGGAGUUGCUGAAUGAACUGAAACCUGGAGGAAGACUGAUUUUGCCAGUAGGGCCAGAAAAUGGAAAUCAGGUUAUGAUGCAAUUUGACAAAACUAUGGAUGGCGAGAUUGUGGAAAAGCAGCUGAUGGGUGUGAUAUAUGUUCCUCUGACAGACAAAGAAAAACAGUGGCCUCGGGGUGAACUUUAAAAGAUUUAAAUAGCUUAUAAAGGACCUUUUGAAAAUCUAUGAACUAUAUUUGGAAAAAUUGAUAUUUGCAGUACAGUAUAUAUGCAUGCUGAUUUAUCCUCUUUGAAAGUAACAUUUGACCUGUACUUUUAAGAACUUGGAUGGAAUUUGGAAACAAAGCAAGGCAAAUUGGGUGAUUCAGGAAUAGCAACACAUUUCACAAUUAUCAAUAAAUCUUGUGUGUACCAAUGUAGAAUAAACAAUGGAGCCACUUUCUGUGACUUUUAUAAAUAUGAUAAGAAAUGGUUUAUUUGUGAUUUAAUAUUUGGAAAGUAUUUUUCAUAUAUCCUGUUAAUGCAGAAAACAGUAACCAUCUUGCCUGAUAAUAUUGGAUCUGGUUUUAGAUACAGCAAAACAAGUCCUGACCAAAAGUGAAUAACUGUACUUAAUGAUCUACUUUUCUGUGAUCUAUACAUAAUUUUAGCUGAAGUUAUACUGAACACCUGAAGGCACUUUGUGCCCCAAAGCAAAAGUAUAACUUAUAAUGAUUAAAAGCUCAGUAGACAAAUAUUUCCUUGAGACUUAAAGAUCAAUAACUGAUGCCUAUAACUAAGAUAUUUUGGGUGAACCAAUAAAAACCAAGGGUUGAACUUGAUGACCUAAAUGGCUCCUUCUAUGAUUCUGUGUAGAUAUAAAUAAAUUCUAGUAUUUCUGUAUUCCCAAUUCUUUGACAAGAAAGAAUUAGGUAUUCUUUUUACCCAUAAACUAGGCUGUUGAAAGGAAAAAUGGGAGUAGGAAAUGAAGAAGAUUUUUGUAUAAUGUGACUGCAAUCUCAGUUAUGAUAUUGACAAUAAAUUCUGUUCACAAUC